AUGUUUAAAUCUUUUAGAAAGGAAAAUGAAAAGGAACUUUUAUGUGGCAAUAAUCAUUAGCUACCAAUCUUAAUGGUUAUUCUAGAUCCUAAAUUAGAAUUAAAUCAGCGACUUUUAUGUGCAGAAUGUAUCAAAUGCUUAUCUACAAAUGUCAAGACAAUGGGUUAUGAACUGAUUUGUAAAAAAAUUGAAGAGGUUUAAAAUUCAAAGAUUGAAAAAUUGGAGAAGACUAUUCAGUUUAAUAUUAAGCAGAUUAAAGAUCUAGUGGGAAAUAUACAUAAAUUAAAAUCUUAGAUUAUUUUCUAAUUGGAUGAAAUUAUUGGGUAUAGUGGCUCAUGGAUUCAAAAUUUAUAUUAAGUAGGGCAUAAUAAUUCCAAAUAUAGUUUUCAUUUAUAAUUAGAAAAAUUGAUAACUGAAAAAUUAGAAAAUGAAGAAAAGUCUACUUUUAUGAAUGAAAUCAAUUAGGCUAAUUAUUUUUGGAAAUCAAAAAUGAGCGAAAAGUUAGAGUUUUUUAGGUCCUUCAAGUAAAACUAAAAGUGUUAAGAUAUAUUAUCAAAUUUUAAUUAAUAUACUAAUAAGAAAGAGGAACCAAAUCAACCAAAAAUAUUAUCUUUAUAAAAUUAAAUAUCAACUUAAGAAUUAAGCUUACAAUAAAGUAGAAAUGAACAUGACGGAUAGAUUUAGUUAUCCUUAAAGGAUGAUUUUAUGAAGCAAAACAACAAAUGCUAUGCAAUAGCUUUUAAUAAAAAUGGAUCAUAAAUGGUAUCAAUGAAUAAUUUCGAUAUUAAAGUUUGGGGUUUUCAUGAUGGAAAAUUAAAGUUGGAAUCUACGCUGCAAGCACAUACCAGUUAUAUUUAUUGCUUUGUUUAUAGUAAACUAUAAUAGAGCUUUAUAUCUUGUUCGAAUGAUAAAUCUAUCAUUUGUUGGAAAAAAACUAAUUAUAAUAAUUGGAAAAAAUCACAAGAAUAUAGAUUGCAUAUGGGCUGGGUUGGUUGCAUGAAUUUAAAUAAAAAUGAAACUUAAUUAUUAUCUGGAGGUGAAGAUAAAUAAAUUAUUGUUUGGUAAGUUGAUCUUAAUUAAAAUAAGUUAUCUUAUCUCUAUUCAUUAGAAAAACAUAUGAAUAGCAUAAGGGCCAUUAGUUUAAAUGAAUCUGAAAAUUCUUUUGUGUCUUGUGGUGAUGAUUAAUUAAUAAUAAUUUGGGAAAUUGGUUAAGACAAAUAAUUUUAAUUUAAGUAAACCUUUAAAUAGUUUUUAAAUUGUUCUGGAUGCCAUUUAAAAUUUUUGGAUGAUCAGAAAUUCAUAUGGUUACCUUAUAGCAAAGAAUUAAAUGUGGUUUGUCUAUUUUCCAAAAAAAAUGGGAUUUACGAAGAGGAUUGUGAAAAUAGAAUAAAAUUAAUUAUAAAUAAUAACAGUUUAGGUUGCUCAUUAUUCCCAAUUAUCUAUUUGAAGGAUAAAAGCAUAUUAUUUAUUAGAUCUAAAAAUAUCAUAUUUUUAUUAAAAGAAUUAAAUGGAAAGUUCUUUGUUGUAAAUGAAUACGAUUGUAUUACCAAUUGGAAUUUUGGAAAUGUAACAGAUGACGGUAAAUACUUAGUAGUUUGGGAUGAUCAUAAAAAGGGAUAUUCAUCAAUAGAAUUAGAUUAUAAAUGA